AGAAGGGGGCUGCGCUCUGCAACCUGCGAGCUAAACUCCAUUCCCACGGCCGAGGGAAGAGAGAGAGAGGCCAACCGCGAGCCGAGAGCGCCACGCAUCGCCAUCGCCGCAAUCCCAAUUCCCACGCACGCCAACCAAUCCUGCCCUUAACCCAAUCGGGAACGCUACCCAACCGAAUCCGCCAGCAGAGGCCGCGCUUGCGGUGGCUUGGACCGCGCGCGCCCCUUCCCGCCGCCCAGGAGCACCGCCAGAGCUCGCGGUGCCUUUAAUGGCGCUGGAGACUUCCCCCGCGGUCCGUAGGCCCGCCACGAAGAGGAUUUAACUCGCAGGCUCCUUGCUCCGCUCCGUCGCAGCGCACGCACCACUUGGUGUUGACUGUUGACAGAGGCGAGCACACGGCGUCGGAGAUGAAUGGCCGGGCUCGGAGGCCGGCGGCGGCGCACGGCGCGAAGGCUGCCCCGAAGGGCGACAGGAUGAUGCAGAAGGAGCAGAGGAAGGCCAUGCCGGCCAAGGCACCGACCGCCAACGCGGCGGCCAGAGGCAUGGCGAGCAGAAUCCAGUCGAGGAGAGAGCGGAAGCUCGCGCUGCAGCAGGACGUGGAGAAGCUGAAGAAGAAGCUGCGGCACGAGGAGAACGUCCACCGAGCUCUGGAGCGGGCCUUCACCAGGCCGCUGGGCGCGCUGCCUCGCCUCCCCCCGUACCUGCCGUCUCAAACGCUGGCUCUUCUCGCGGAGGUGGCGGUGCUGGAGGAGGAGGUGGUGCGGCUGGAGGAGCAGGUGGUCAACUUCCGGCAAGGGAUCUACCAGGAGGCCAUCAUCUUCUCCUCGGCCAAGAACGCGCACCUCCCCGGCGGCGAGGGAUGCGUGCCGGCGCAGCCCACGCCGUCGAGCCCAACUCGAAAUGCAGAGCUCUCUCCAACUACCGCGCACCGUGGUCCAGAUCAAGCUCCAGCCCGUCCGUCGCCGAACGGCAAGCAAACACAGACACCAAGAAAGCCGAUUCCCGGUCCGGCGAACCAGGACGACCACUCCGCCGGCGCCGGGGCAGGAAAAGAGAACCUGUCGUGCAGCAACACCUCGACUAGAAGCUACCGCCUGUCGCCGUCGCAGAAGGCCACCGCCAAAUCCAGGGUACCCGCGCCAGAGAAGCGCAGGGCUGCUCCUCAGACGAUCAGUACGGCGCCUGACCGUAAAAGGGUCGCAGACGCUGCCGGCAAUAAUUCAGAGCAAGGAGCGGCCACUCCGGACGACGGCUCGAGCGCGCCCAACAGACUGUCGGAGGAGCUGCUGAGCUGCCUGCUGACCAUCUUCUCGCAGAUGGGCUCCUCGGCAGCUCCGCCGGCGCUCCCCAGCGGUGAGCAGGACGAGGAGCAGCAGCAGCCGUUGUCACCGUCGGUGUCAGGCUCGUCGUCGGAGGACGCGUACCCGCAGGACCCCUACGGCAUCCUGGAGCUGGGCGGGCGGGACGUCGGCCCCUACAAGCGGCUGCACGUGAUCGACGCGGCGUCCUUCGACCGGAACGCGCUGGCGAGCAGCACGCUGCUCGCCCGGAGGCUCAAGGCGUUGCUGCUGAAGCUGGCGUCGGUUGACCCGGCGGGGCUCUCGCAUCAGCAGAAGCUCGCCUUCUGGAUCAACGUCUACAACUCGUGCAUGAUGAAUGCGUUCCUGGAGCAAGGGAUACCUACCACGCCCCAUAUGCUCGUGGCCAUGAUGCCAAAGGCGACGGUAGAGGUGGGCGGGCGCACGCACAGCGCCAUGUCCAUCGAGCACUUCAUCCUGCGCCUGCCCUACAGCGUCAAACACCAGGUGCGCCCUGAGGCCGAAGGAACCAAGGGCGACGACGCGGCGGCGCGCGGCGGCGCGUUCGGACUGGAGUGGCCGGAGCCGCUCGUCACCUUCGCGCUCUCCUGCGGCAGCUGGUCCUCCCCCGCCGUGAGGGUGUACACGGCGGCGCGGGUGGAGGAGGAGCUGGAGGGCGCCAAGCGGGACUACCUGCAGGCGGCCGUGGGGGUGUCGUCGCCGGCGAGCCUCGCCAUCCCCAAGCUGCUGCACUGGUACCUGCUCGACUUCGCCAAGGACGUGGACUCGCUCAUGGACUGGGUGUGCCUGCAGCUGCCGCCCGAGCUGCGGCAGGCCGCCAUGCGCGCCGUGGCCGCCGACGCGCGCCGUGGACGCCGCAUCCAGGUCCUGCCCUACGAGUUCAGGUUCAGGUACCUCCUGGCCGCGUGAGGCGUGCUGCUGUGUUUGUAGUAAGUUGUAACUAGCUUUGUACACAGGGUUUGCAAGUGAAGGAAGGAAUAAAGGCUUACGGUUCGUGUUUUGCUGCAA